CGCGCUCUCACCGACAUCGCCAGUUGCACCUGACGCCGCGCGCAGCACACACCGCCGUACUGUACACACUAUCACAAACAAGUGAAUCACUCGAAUACACGACCAAUCAGAUAGACGCACACAGUGAAGAAUCGCGUUCGAAUAUAUUUUUCGAAAUUUGAAUUUUCGAUUCGUUAUUUUUUGAAAAUUCAGAACUGAAAUAUUUUAUACACGUAUAGAAUAUCAUAGGACGAUCAUAUUUCAUAGAAUUUUCGAAGGCCAGUGAGAGUGUGUGAAGGAAAGUGAGACCGCGGCAUGCGCCUGCGCCGCUGACAUUUUCACUUUCUACGUGACGGGACACAUUGAGCGAUGGCUCCCGUAAGCCAAAUACGGGUAUGUGCCAUGCUGUGGCUGUUCUGCGCAAUCAGUGCAAGAGCAGAUCCCAGUGAAAAUACUACAACCACCAAAACGAUCCGAACCACCAUUCUACCAUCACGGACAACGCGGACCGAGCUGAAGGUUUCCAGAAGUCUGAAUCCUCACGAAACUCAGACCCUCAAUGUGAGAACCAAAUCAGGUCAUUUAACACAAUUAAUAGUCAAGAAGAAAGAUGCAAAAUCAACUACUUAUGGCAGUAGUACAUCACCAGCGCCAACUACGAUUUCUGUUCGGACAACUCUAACGACUGCUAGGGUUAAUAACAAUAAUAAUACGGACGACAAUAAAAAUAAAACGGAUUCGAGGGACCAAAGAAAACUUCAUUUCGGUUCGGUUAACAGCGACCUAGCCGGUUACGACUAUUAUUUAAACAGAAACAAACAUGAUGAUUUUGCAGAUGUAAAAGCAGAAUACGGUAACUGGUCCCCAGUUUCUGUUUAUCCCGAGUCUCAUAUCCAGGAAGAUGGUAAAAAGCCGGAGGCAGAUCCUGAGACAUCAAAUUACUAUCCAACAUACGAUAACGACAAAAAAACUGAAAAUAAAAGAGUUUAUAUAACUUCAGCCAGUUUUAUGGAUUACAACAGUCCUAUCAAAAGCUACAGAUUCGACCCGCACAACCCCGUUAUAAAGAAUGAUAGAAACCCAGUGUACAUAGAAGUAGUAAGUACAAAAGUCUCUGAUGAUAAUGAAAAAUCUUUAAAAGUACCUGAUCCAGUUGUGGUGAGUUCUGAGUCUAUGUAUAUAAAGAAAGCUUUGGAAAAGUAUAACAAUAAGCGUGGUAGAUCUAUACUCACUCUUGGUGAAGAUGGCAUACCAGAAAUACAAGGAAUCAGAGUGCCUGACGAUGAGUCUGAUAAGAAAACUUGGAGAAAUGCGAGAGUUGUUAACGGAGAAUUAGUGCCGUACCCUGAAGGUUAUACACCACCAAGAGCUAUACCUGAAGCAGACGUUUACCCAGAUAUAGCAGCCGUAGAGCCAUCACAAAAUUUAGGUCCUUUUACCAAAGAUGAUAAUUUUGAGCAGAAAGACGGACCGUUCACAAAAUUCGAUAAUAUCAAAUUUGAAAAUGAUGACUUCAUUCCAUCUACAUUCACAUACAAACCGAAGAAAGAAAAUCAUUAUUAUAAAAAUGGCUAUGGACCUUUUACUAAAGCAGAUAACUCUAAAGUUGCAAAUUCGAAGCUCAUUGAAUAUAUUAAACAGAUCAAUGAACAAGAAUUGAAAAGGGACUAUUUUAGUGGACGCAGCUCUCGAGCCAAUAACGGUGACUUAGAAUACGCUGAAAGUCACAUUCAAAGACGUAUGCUACAACAUCCAGGUGAAGUAAACUUUCCCAAUUCUAUUAUGUAUACACCGAAAAAUGCCAAACCAGGUUUUGACGAAAGUGUAAGAAAUCCUGUUCUCCAGUACGCUCAUCCUGACCUUGGAAUUCAACCUGCAAAAGCUACACGAGAUAAUAUCGAAAACUACGAUAACAAGGAACGUAAAGUAAAAUAUUACACAAGUGUACCAAAAAGCGCUCACCCAUAUCCUAUGGAACCAAUACAUGGUUACAAUCAACAACGCAGUCAAAACAAUGGACCAAACGCUAACAGAUACUAUGAAGAUGAAUAUAAUAAAUUUUCAUACUAUGACAAUUCUCAUAGUAGAUAUCCUUACGGCUACGGUUACGUAAAACGAGUUCCUGAACCAUCUUUAUGGCAAAGAUUUACAGAUUCAAUGAAAGAUACGAUUAACACCGCCAGUGAGACAGUUCACCAAUUUACCAGGCCUCUUAUAGAGCCAAUCGCUAAAGUGACGCAGCCCGUCCUUGAUCCUCUUGUCGAAGCAACUCAUAAAAUAUCACACAACUUGGGUCUUUAUCCGUCUAAUUCUUUACAAAGUCAGAGAUAUGCUCAAGAUAAAAUCGGUGUAGCAGCUGCUGCAUCAGGGGCUCCAGCAAUGUUACCAGCGCUGGGUUUAAUGGCUGGUGGUGCUGCUCUAGGAUUAGGAGCAGUAGCGGUUGGAAGACUGCUGGAUGUUAAUAUCAUGCGUAGUACUAAUGACGAGGAUACUUUAGAUGAAAUUGAAAAAGAACACAAACGAGCCUUCGCUAACGCUCCAUAUGACAUCGACCGGAAAAUACUAAGCAGACAGCAAUACUAUGAUGAUAAUUAUAAAAUGCCAAGUGAAAAUGUAUAUGUUGUUAUGUCACCAGACAAUGUAGAAGGCAGUCGUGCGAAAAGAGACGCAAUUAGCAUUUAUAAGCCUUAUAAGAAUAUUUUUGUUAGACAAAGACGUAGUGUUAAAAGAGCGUUAGACGGUGAUAUGCCAGAUGACUUGCAAAAUUUGGAUGGUAGCCCGAGCACCUCCAGCCUCACUUCGGCAGCUUUGGACCUCGUGAAACAGACGGAUUGGAGGGACUCACAAUGCGCCAAGUUUACCUUUUGUAAAGUCUUAACUUCCCAGUCUUCGGAUUCUCUGUUUGCAAUGGAGAAGAAAAUGGAAUCUCUUCUAAAAAUGAUAUCUCGCGGCAACAGCGCCAACGCGGCGGCCGUGGCGACGCACCUCGGCGACGUCAUGUCGGCCAGCCGCGACCACGCCUGCAGCCGGUUCCACUGCAACACGCAGCGAUAGACGCCGGAGACAAACGGCUCACGUCCAAGUCUUCAUCAAAUCAUAAAUUUGUUUUGUUUACAGAACAUUUUGAAUUGUUAAGAUAACUGUAGAUAGAGACAACUAUUAAGUAUUUGUAGAAUAUUCGAUUGUAUAGCGUUUUCCAAUGCCAAGAGGAGUACAGAUUAAUAAAGAACUUUGACAUUGAAGUGACAUGACGAGAUUAAUGGUCGACUUCUAAAAUAGUUUAUCGUGUUUAGGACAUUAUCAACUCAUGACAAAAUGGCGUUUUGAAUUUCGGCGAAGUUGUUAUUGAAACUUAAAAUUAAAGUUGAUAUAAGUAUUUAAGUAGAAUAGUGUUGAAAUAUAAAUAAAUAUAUAUUAACCAACAACGACUUGUACUACAUAAUAUAGCUGAACUAUUAGUGAAUUGCGUGUAAUAUGUAAAUAAACUCCUUUACUUAUCUUUACUCCUUCUGGCAUUGGAAUACAGUUUAGAAUUGUCAAUUCAUUUCAAUAGAUAUGAUACCCUAAAAAAGGGUUUAAAUUCAGCCAGAAUGAUUUAUGAAAAAAGGCGACUUUUAUAUUUGUAUUUAUGGUCUAUUGAAAUGAGUUUUAAUAUGUAUUUUAUAGACACUAACAUUUGUGAUUGAUGGAAGAUUGUAAGAGAGAAUAAUAUCGAAUGCAACAGACUUCUGUUUAGUAAUAAUGAUACCUUGAUAUUGUAACACAAUUAGUCGAUAAGUUACAUGAGAAAAAUCAUAAUAUUACAAAAAUAUGUCAGCCAUAUUGAACGUCGUUCCUAGAAUUUAAAAAUAUAGCCGCCGUUUUGUUACCAUUUGUAAAACUCCUUACAUUCUGUCGAAAGCUAACACUCUGAAAUUAUUUAAGAAACCUAGUUUUAUAAUUACUUAUAUUAUCCAAAGUUUGCGUUUCAUAUUUAAUUCAAUCUAUUUAUAAAAUAAUUAUUUUAAUGUUAAACUAUUUAAAUAGCUGUAAGUCGUUCUUAAUAUAUUUAUUUAAAUUAUUCUAAACCGCUUCCGUAAGAUGUAAAUACGCUUUCGUAAUGAUGUAAAUUAUUUAUUUAUUUUUACAAAAUAAAUUUUAAACAAUAA